ACACAUUUUGAUCUGUAGCCAAAUGAAUGCAUGUUCAGGUGUGCUAAGCUACUUCAACCACAAGCAGAAUCAUAUGAAUAGCCUAUUUACUGUAUAGGAAGCAUAGGUCUACUGUCUAAAUAUCAUUGGCAUCAUCAUCAUAAUCUGUACCGUUUUCGUCUCAUUUGUUAGGUACGCCAUUCUCUCAUUUUCCCGGGCAAUGGAAAACUGGAUAAAUGCCGCCUUAUUCUAGCGUUUUUGUUAGUGUCUACAAAUCUAGGCUACACUGUCCAAGCCGUUCUUCUAUUGUAACCGUACCCGUACCGCAUUGAGUAGCGGAGCGAGGCUGACGCUAGUUGCAGAAAACGUCACAGAUUUGUUAAAAUAUUUUUUUUAACAAAGCGCAAUCUUGCCUCACUCUGCCGCUGGACUCCAUUCCAACCACUGAUCCAAUCACAUACCGCCUACAUCCCUGAUUUCGCCUCAUCCUAUCGCCCGCUGUUCCUCGUAUUUUUAAUAAGGAAAAAUACAAAUUUCCACCAUGGCAAGCAACGAAGUCAAACCGACGGCGAAAGAGGAUGAGAAUGCUGGAAACUGGAAAGAUUCCAUCUUCAACCCAAGGACCGGGGAGUUUUGUGGGCGCACAGCGAAGAGCUGGGGCCUCAUCCUCCUGUUCUACUUGGUGUUCUAUGCGUUCCUAGCUGGGAUGUUCGUCCUCACCAUUUGGGUCAUGCUGCUGACGCUAGACGACUAUGUGCCAAAGUACCGCGACCGGGUGCCACACCCAGGGUUGGUCAUCCGGCCAAAACAAUUGGACAUGCUGUUUAACAGAUCACAACCUCUCCAGUUCAGCACGUAUGUCCAGACCUUAGAGUCUUACCUGCAACAGUACAAUGACACGGAGCAGGAGAGGAAUGAGGCGUGCACGGCAGGGGUCUACUUUGAGCAAGAGGGAGAGGUGGGCGAGCAGAGGAAGGCCUGUCAGUUCAAGAGGAGCUCUCUGAGCCGCUGCUCCGGCCUGUCCGACUCCACCUUCGGUUACGCUGAGGGGAGACCAUGUGUCCUCCUCAAAAUGAAUAGGAUCAUUGGGCUGAAGCCGCGUGGAGAUCCCUAUGUCAACUGCACAGCAAAGAGGGACAACCCCAUACAGAUGCAGUACUUCCCAAGUGAGGGACACUUCGAUAAAAUGUAUUUCCCUUACUACGGCAACAAACUUCAUGAGAGGUAUGUGCAGCCGGUGGUUGCUGUUAAGCUGUUGCUGAACAAGGAGGACUACAACACGGAGCUGACAAUUGAAUGCCGGAUUGAGGGAUCCGACCUGCGCAACAACGACGACCGAGACAAGUUCCUGGGCCGUGUCACCUUCCGAAUCACAGUCAAAGAGUAGUAGGGAGUAGUGAGGAGGAGGCUAGUGUGGAGAAAUGUGGUUCUUACUCCUCCCGGAAGAUUCCUGGUAGAUUAAGAUGGGCCUAAUUCCAAACCAAUCCCUCCACCCUCACUCCAGAUACUAGGCGAGGGACAUUCAAAUCUGGUCUUUUUCACAUCACCUUGGUAGUUCAUUGAUUGGCCAGAUAAUCUACUCACCUGUUGUUACAGGUCAGUCUCUAGCUAGGCAGGACGGGGAAGGAUUAAAACCAGCAGUUCUGUGAACCCUGAAUCCCAGAUUUGAAUACCCUUCUCUUGGGCUCUUGUUGACUUCAUCUUGUAUUUCUGAUAGGGUUGGAUAUGUGUAAGCAUAGCAAGAGUGCUAGAUGAAGCAAUUAUCAUAUCAUAGCUGAUGCCAAUCCAUUCCUUUCAGAUCUACAGUGCAUCACACCCAAAAAGGGCCUAAUCUAGUGCCUACAAAUGUAGGAUCUUAAUUUGAUCAGUCUUUCGUUGCUGAGAAUUUAGCAGGAAAUAUUAACAAAGGUUUCUAAAGUUUGUCAUUUCCACUUUGAAAUUUCUGAUUUGAUUUGCCAUAACGAAAAACGUAUCCAGCCAUACAAAAAUUCCAUUCAUUAUAAUCCACAUAAUAAGUCACAUUUCCUGUUGCUGCAGGAUUAUCUCCCUGCUAUAGCAAACUGGCUCAAAUUAAGAUCCUACAUCUGUGAUGGUAGGGGGUGAGAGAUCGGUGUGCGAUUGGAUCAAAAGGAUAGGGUAGUGAUGUCAUCAAUAUUCAACUUAUCUCCUGGAAAAAGCGUUAAUCGUGCCAAAUUUAAUGGAACAUCUAGUUCCCUUGUUUACUUCUAUGUUUACUCUAGUACUGGGCAACUCCAAUCCUCGGGGGCCUGAUUGGUGGUCAUACGUUUGCCCCUGAACCCAACUAACACCUCUGACACCAAUAAUCAACUAAUCAUGAUCUUCAGUUAAAAAAGAAAUGAGUUUAAAUCAGCGGUGUUUUCUAGUGAUGGGGGGAAAAGUGUAACACCUAGGGAUGGUGUAACACUCAGGCCCCCGAGGACUGGAGUAGUCCACCCCUGUUUAAAAUGGCGCAUAUCUUUGUCUUCUCUUUCAUUAUGUCAUUCUAGCAAGAGUCUUUUCAUGACUCACCAACCUAACGGCCAUCAGACCCUUCUAUUAGUCGGCUUUUGUUGUCUGACCCAGUGCUCUAGUGUUGAUCUAGGCUCAGAUCUUAUUUUCUAUUCAGAUGGUCUAGAUUGGAGCUUAGAUGUGGUAAACUGAACCUAGAUCAGGGCUUUAGUGCCAAGGGUUGGAUCAACUGUUAGGAGUUAGCCUCAAUCAGUAUUUAACCAUCAGUCAUCCACUGUCAAUACAACCAUGUUUUAAGUUGACCCUCUCAUCUGAAAACAGAACAAAUAAUUAUUCCUCAACAUCACAUCACAUCACAUCACAUAGUCAACCCCAGUGAAACACUGUCGAACCCAGAUGCCCUCUACAAUUACAUGUAAUUUAGAAUCCUUUUCGUCUUGGGACCACAAUUUGAUAUUAUAAUAUUAUAAUAGGGAACUGUAGAUAGGUGUGUGUGUGUGGUGUGGUCUGACCACAACCCAGUGGUGUGCCGUCUGUCUGUCCGGCUGCAUGUCUGUGUGUCUGUUUACUCUGUUUACACACACACACUCACACACACACACACACACACACACACACACACACACACACACACACACACACACACACACACACACACACACACACACACACACACACACACACACACACACACACACACACACACACACACACACACACACACACACACACACACACACAAGCGAUUGGAGACCUGCGAGGAAGCGCUGUGUAAAUGCAAAUCAUUGUAUCUAUGUACUGUAUAUGCCUAUCUUUGGGUGGAAAGCGUGUCUGUUUGUCUCUUUCUCUCAGUCUACCCCUCCCUCUGUCUUUCUCAAUGUAUAUAUUUAAUGGAUUCACACAGUAUUUUUUUCUGUCACAGAACACAAUGUCUGAGCACUGUAAAGAAGACACUAUAUAAACAAAGAUUUACAGGACAUGAUCAUAUUCAAAGCUAUGUUACGGUCUAAAAUGGAACAACAUGUUAUCAUCUGCAUGAUGCCGCAACAAUUGUGGAUUAAAAGGUGAUUUUGGAGAAGAAGAAAACA